UUAGCCCCUCUUUCGCAAGUCACUUGAUGCUAAGUUAUGAAUUUCUUAAGGAGGGGGAGGAACGCGAUCGCAAGAGGAAAGCAAUGUGUUAAGCGUGGGUGUAUACGAAUAGACUUCCCUGUUCUACGAGAAAGCUUCCUUCCUUUCAUUUUGAAUCAGUUCUUAUAUAUUCUCGCGGAAAAUUUCAAAUUAUAUAUCUACUUUGAUAUAUAACCAUAUAUCAUUUAUAUUAUAUAACUAUGUACCAUUUACAUUGUUCAUAUCAUAUAAAACAUUAUGGCUUUGUAAGAAUUGUUUUUAUAAAAUAAAAAAAUAUAUAUAUAUUUUAUGUAUAUACAUGCUAGAAGAAAAGAUGGUACAAUGUUAGUAUAAUCGAAUAAUCAUAGGAUACAAAAAUAAUGAACACGUAAAACACUUUCCCAGACAUUUAUAAGAAGAGAUUUGUACGCAGGAACACAAUUGAAAAACGGAAAAAAAUUACAAAAAACUAUGAUCAUCAUAAUCGGUGUACCGCAAAAAAUAAGUAGAAAACCACAAGCAUACGGUCGAUGACGAAUAUCGCGUUUUAUCCGAGAGAAAGAGAAAGAGAAAGAGAAAGAGAAAGAGAAAGAGAAAGAGAAAGAGAAAGAUAGAGGGAGAAACAAAGAGAGGCAUCGUAAGAUUAACAUAAUUUCCGUGUUAACAUUUAACCCGACCGGACACGAGUUUCGAAAUUGACCAGAGACCGGACAGACUUCUUUCUCGCGUGGGAAUCGGCCCGUUUUCAUCAUUCUGCCGAGAGAAAAGAACGUGUUUCGUUGGUCCAAGAUACGCUCGUAUUUCGCGAGCAGAUAAUAUCGCGGAAUUAUACAAGAACCGCUUCGUAUCUCUUCUUCUUCUUCCUUCGUUCGAAGAUUCAGAAAGAGAAAGAGAGAAAGAAAAGCUUGUUUGGCUCGUUACUCAUUGUAGAUCGCAAGGAAAAGGAGUCUUGAUCGAGUGUUCUUUUUAUUUUUAAGAUUCUUUGUAGAUAUACCAAGUUAAUAUCAUCCAGAAGAUAGAAAAUAACUGUAUGUUUGAUCUUAGAAGGAUCAAGGUUAUUUCUGUAAUUAAAAAAAUGUCCAAAUCUUCUUCCUUCCUUCAAAGAAAGAUUCAAAAAGAGAGAGUGAGAGAGAGAGAGAGAAGCUUAUUUGGCUCGUCACUCAUUAUAAAUUGCAAACAAAAGAUUUGAUGAGGAGAUCUAUUUUUAAAAUCAAUUGUAAAUAUCAUACUAUAAUAGUAAGACUAACAAAGAAGAUAGAAAAGAAUAGAUCUUAGCUUUAUCUGAAGGAUCAACGCUAUCCUUAUAUACGUAUAGUUAGAAAAAAUUCUAAUGUCGGUAAAGAAUUCAAGUGAAUUUCUAGAAAAAAAGAAAAAAGAAAAGAAAAAAGAGAGAAGAAGAGAGAGGGUAUGGCUUUUUGAAAAUUUACGAGAAACUCAAUGAAAUCUCUCACCUGGCGAACACGAAAAUAGUCUUGAGGCACGGAACGUUUUCUCGUGUCCAGUGGCGUCGGUGUUGAUCUUAUCUGCGCAAAUACCUCGAGGAUCUCUCCCUCGAUGGAUCCUUUUAAUUAGUCUCGGUUUGAGUAUAAACGUCGUUUUCUCUAGGAUCAGUUAAAGUCUCUCGCCAUCUUUUACCCUUCACGAUCUUUAGGAUCUAUCGAUCACACAACUCUUUGUAUUUUUUUUCCCCUUGCUUUUUUCGUUAUCUUCCAAGUGUUAAAAGAUUCAUCGAAAUUCCAUUAGGUGUGCAUCUAACGAUUAUUUGAUCUUGACUGUAGAUUUCGAUAUCACAGGACUGGUUUAUCCUUUUAUUUUAUAUUACUCUGUACAGAAGUACUAAUUACAUCUCGACAAGGUGGUCUCGAUCUUAAAUCUAUGAUCUUGUUAAUUGGACGUUCACUUACGAUAUUUAUUAAUCAACGAUUCUUAAUUGGUGAAUUCUAUCGAUAUCUACGAGAAAACGACUAAGAAUUUGAUAUCAAGUAGAUAUGUUUCCAAUUUUUAUUUCAUGUCGGUAUCAUAUGUUUUGACGAUAAAUCUAUUACUUACAAAGUGGUACAAGAUUGACCUAUCAGAAUAAAAAAAAAAGAAAAAUGAGAACACUAUAAUUAUCUCCAGAGAGAAUUCAAAGAUCAUAUAUCCUAAGUAAAUGUAUAUUAGAGAGAGAAGGAGAAGGAGAAAAAGGGAGAAAUUGAAAAAUCGUCACGAAUGUUGGUCUUGGUCUUAUCGUUAACUCGUAAAAUGAAUGGGUGAGUAUAGUAUGAUAAUCCAAUUAAUUUGUUAUCCACAGAAAGAGAGAGAGAGAGAGAGAGAGAGAGAGGGAGAGAGAAAGCAAAAAAGAGAGAGAGCAUGAAUAGCUUAUCCCAAUAACAACGUUACAUUAUUAGCAUUAUCGUAAGAGAAAAUAAUUUCUCAAACGAACGGAUAUUUCUCUGUGGUUCACCGUAGCCUGUAGUAUGGCGUUGUAUAUCGGCGAUCCAGGAAACUCAAAGGAUUCAAUAAUCGCGCCAUAAAUAUGGGAAUUAGAUAUAAAGCGAUACAGUUUGCCUUGUACGCGUGUCCCUGCAAAGAGUAAGUAAGAGAGAGAGAAAGAAAGAAAGAAAGAAAGAAAGAAAGAAAGAAAGAAAGAAAGAGAGAGAGAGAGAGAGAGAGAGAGAGAAAAGCCGCAGGCCACUCGCUAAAUAACGUGCCUAACCGAGAACGAGCCGGCCCACGUAUGGAACGACGACGACAAGGUGGUUCGGAAGUGGCAGAGUAAGUGAGAAAGAGAGAAGGAAGAAAAAACGGGAGGGAGAGAGAGGGGGAGAGAGAGACCACUUAGUAAGUUCUUAAUCCUUAUCUAUGCGUAUCGCGCAUAUGCAAUGCAAAGUGGAUGGAGCAUAUUGGCCAGGGUGAGAUCAACUCGGAUACACCCGCGUGUGUAUUUGCAAUACGACUUAUCAUGAGCAUGGAUAAAGACGCUUUUUAUAUGAAUAGAGAGAGGGGGAGGAAGGAGAGUGAGAAAGAGAGAAAAAGAGAAAGGUAUCUUUUCGAAACGAGAAAAUUCUCAAUCGAAUCGAGAUAUGGUAUUAACCCUCUAUAUAACCUAAUUUUUUAGUCUCUCGUUUCUAAAAAGAAAAUUAUAUAACGUGAAACUUAAUAUAAUAAUGUUAGGACAAAUAAAUGAAUGGUGUGAUGUCAAAGUUAUAUGAAAUUAUAAAGGGUUAAGAAUUCGUUGUUCUUCUUUUUUCUUUUUUGUUAUCGUAUUUCUUACGAAAAAAAUUACAAGGAAGGGAGUGUUAAAAGCUUUUUCACAGCUAAGGCAUAUCGAAUUCUUUCAGAAGAAAGAAAAGAUUUUUCAAACGUAAGAGAGGACGAUAGUCAUUUUGUAGCGAGGACCUAUCCCAAUGAAUUUGGUCAACGUCUCUCUAUGGCAUUUUGGAUUAGUCAUGGUGUGUAUCGAAAGUUUGAAACCCAUUCGCCACGGGCAGUCCUGUUCUUAAAAUCUCUCGUUGAAGAGUCACGCGAGCUGAACACGAUGAUGUCAGAAAGGGUGGUCGGAGCGGUGGUCGUCGGCGCAGCCGUUUGUGGGCGAAUUCCGGGAUUGGCUAAGAGUCAAAGAGAACAGUGCAGAAAGGCGCCACACGCGAUGCCUGCUGUCGGUGAGGGUGCCGAGCUCGGUCUUCGAGAAUGCCGACAUCAGUUUAGACAUCAUCGAUGGAACUGUUCUCACGUUGCCAACGAUCAGAUCUUUGGUCAUGUCGUCGUAGUAGGAAGCAGAGAAGCAGCUUUCACGUACGCGAUAAGCUCGGCUGGAGUUACAUACGCGGUAACCGCAGCUUGCAGUCGCGGCAAUAUCACGGCUUGCGGUUGCGAACCGGCUAUAAGCAGGACGAGAAAGGAAUUACCUCCGAAUGGUUGGGAAUGGGGAGGUUGCAGUGCAGAUGUCACUUAUGGAAUGAGGUUCGCACGUAGGUUCCUAGAUGCAAGAGAGAUCGAAGGCGAUGCCAGAAGUCUGAUGAAUCUUCAUAACAAUAAAGCUGGAAGAAAAAUCGUGAAAGCUCUUCUUCAAACAGAAUGUAAAUGUCACGGGGUAUCUGGUUCCUGUACCGUGAAAACUUGUUGGAGAACAUUGCCCAGUUUUCGUCAGAUCGGUGACGCUCUUAUGAAAAAGUAUUAUCGAGCUAAGGCGGUCGUUGCUAUCACGCCUCCACCACCGCCCACAAUCCAAAGUUCUGAGAGCAUAUCACACUCAACUACAGCAGAAAUAACGCCUAUUCUCGGUAACGAUGCAAAAACUCAAGGGAAACCAAAUGAUUUUAUAAAAUCUCAUCGCGAUCGACAAGCCUCAAAAAAGAUGAACAACGGUGUUAAACCGAGGAGAGCACAUUUGGUAUUAAAAAGAAGUAAAGUUAGUACCGGCGGAAGUAUGAUGGGAUCGAAAAGAAUACCAAAAAGAAGCGAACUGGUCUUUCUUCAAUCCUCGCCGAAUUAUUGCGAGCCGGAUUUGGCUUUGGGUAGUUUGGGUACACAAGGCAGAUAUUGUAAUCGAACGAGUAAAGGUACCGAUGGAUGUGAUUUGAUGUGUUGUGGUCGUGGUUAUAACACACAUCAAUUUACUAGAACUUGGCAGUGUAGAUGUAAAUUUCAUUGGUGCUGUCAUGUGCAUUGUGACACGUGUACCGAACGUACGGAAGAAUACACUUGCAAAUGAUGUAAAUAUUUACUUUUCGAGAGAAAAUUGUCUUUGUACAUUGUUAUAUGAUUUUAUUGAAGCUUUCACCGUGAUUGUAAAACGUCAAGAAAUUCAAUAAACUAAUAAAUCUAAGUAGAAACAUCAGGUAUAUACCAUACGUAAAUACGUAUACCUGCAGCAAAUACGUAUACCUGA